GCAUGUCUUCGCCGAAUUGCCCGAUUCAACUUCAUAUCCGGCGUCCUACGACAGCGAUAUCGGACCUCGACGUUUCAGCAGGGCUACGAUGGUGAGAUUCGAGCAGAACCGACACUUGUAGCCGCCGAACAACCAUAUUUGCGGCUCUCUCUGGCGCUGAUCUCCGUGACCAGCAACGCGAUCCCUCCGACGACUUUAAACAUCCUAGAUUAGUGAAGUCCAGCAAGUUUCGUGGUGUUAUUUUGUUCCGGCGACAUUCGGAGUUGACCCAUUCCAUUUCGGACUCGAAUCAGAGUUCCCAUCGUUUUUCUUCAUCAGGCUAGCUAGCACAAGGCAAUUGGAGCUU